AUGAGAGCCAUUAUUGUUUGUGUCUUUAUUGAAUUAUUAAGUAAUUCUGGUAAAUUAUAUUUGAUUACUUAUACAAUACGUCUAAUCACAAACGGUCCGAUUGCCAAUAUUCCUCAAAAUAGUCGUGAAUUAUUAAACACAUCAAAAUGUUUAUUCACAAUAAUGGCUAAUGUUUCAACAGAAUUUUUAAAAACAGCCAUUGCACCUAUAAGCAACAUGAUCAUGGGGAUAUUUGUACAAAAAGCCAACUAUCAACAAAUAUCAAGAACAGCUAAAAUAACAUAUGAUUUAUUGAAAAAAGAAAUUGAGGAAGGUGAUACAGAUAUGACAUCGUACGAUGAAUAUGGUAAUGAAACGGCGAUCAAUUCAGACUUUUUUGAUUACAGUCAAUUGAAUAAAAUUGAUCUUGAUUAUAAAUACGAACGUCCACUAACGCAAACGGAACAGAAACUAAGACAGGAAAAAAUAAGUUUAAGCGAUCAUAUUGAUCAAUUGUAUACAAAUAUUAACAUUAAACGAUGUAACACAAUAUUGGAACGUGCCGUAAUGGCUUGUCGCCAACGGGUUAUAAAAGUUGAACGACGAUGUUUAAGAGCGACAACAGGUGAUACAAGCACGGGCAUCGCUUUGAGAACAAUAUCAUUCGCACCGGGUAUUCAACUCAUGUAUUUGUUUACGGGUUUAUCACACGAUAAAUUGUGGGAAAAAAUAUGUAACAUGGUUUUUAGUACAUUGAACAAGGUUUGUGAGGCAGUAAAAACGUUACCGUUCAAAACAUUGGGUGUUGGAAAAGAUUGUGAUGAAACACUACGUCAACUAUUACCUGGUAUUGGUAAUUACUAUGUGGAAACAGAAACGAAUUUAAAAAAUUUAGUUGAUGCAUUUGAUACACGCAUAUCGUAUGAUUAUAAACAUUUUUUACGAAAUGAAACGACACUAUUAAAUGAUCCACGAGCCGUGUUCUAUGAUGUCUUUGAGAGUCUUGAAGAAACUCAACGUUAUGUAUCAUGGUCAUGGUCAUUGUUCAAUCUAGUUCAAAAUUAUUUGGCGAUAUGGAUAUUUAUUAAAGCAUGGAAAUAUGUGAGAUGUUAUUUGAUCGAUAUUACGUAUGAAAAUUAUUUUAUAACAAAUGAUUUUAGACUCAUUGAUUUGAAACGUCGAAAAAAUCAACGACGCCAUUUAUUACCAUUGAAAAAAUUAGAAAAACAACGUUAUAUUGAUCCAUCAUAUCUUAAAUUACAGGGUGUUGAACGUGGUAAAUUAUUAUCAGCGUUUACAUUUAAUUUCAUUGUAUUUUUCAUUUUCAUCAUUCUUAUUCUAAUCGAUUUGGUAAUGGCUGAUGUUGUUGACGCUGUACGUAUGCACGGUAAAAUUAUUGUUCAUCCAAAAGCUGAGCAUAAUUUGACAAUAUUGGUUAAUGGCACCGGUUUUAUGGCAAAAUUUAUUCGUACAAUGUUUAAACAUUUAUAUUCAAAUCGGACUGUUGAUCAUAAAAUUCUUAUUGAACCAUGUUUACCAAAUGUUUAUCGAUUAAAUACGUACUGGUAUACACAAAUUUCAAUAUUUAGUUUUUUAACUAUUUUUCUAACGUUGACAAGUCAAUAUAAUGAACGUUUACAACGGUUAACCAUGUCAUUCUUUUAUCCAAGACGAGAAAGACAACGAACAAUUUGGUUAUAUCGAAAAAUGUUGAGAGAAAGAAGAUUGUAUAAACAGAAAUUGAUUAAAAGAGCACUCGAAUAUUGGAUGAGAAACUUUUUAUUAGAACGUUUGACGAAGUUUAGUGUCGGUAGAUUGUGUAAUGUAAACUAUUGUGAAGAUUGUUGGAUAGAUAUUGAAGAAAAAUGUUUAAUUUGUGAAUAUGUUUAUAGACGACAAGAAUUGAAUGAAAUUAUUGACAAACAACAGCAGCAAACAAAUCAAAACUUUCAAUUUUUUGAUGAGAGUAUGAUUUUUGAUGAUAUCGAGAAUUCAAUCUAUCGACCAUUUCCAACUCAAGUUGAAUAA